GCACCGCGGGCUCCGCUCGUCCCCGGCCCCGGCGGCUCCCGGCCACCCCUGCCCGCCCCUGGGGUGUGUCCCGCCGGUCCCGCUCCGGGCGCGGCUGCGGGCACGCCUCGGCCCGGCCCGGUUGUCGGCCAUGGCCCCGGGGAAGGCCCCGUGCCGGCGGCGCAGCAGCGACUCGGGCGUGGAGCCGGACCGCGGGGCGCUGCCCCGGGACAGGGAGCAGCGCACCGCGCUAUCCCAGAAGAAGAGGGACCAGCGCAUCGCGCUCUUCCUCAGCGACUUCGACCAGCAGGCCAAGGAGCACAUCCAGGAGAUGAAGAAAGAGCUCGAUUCGCUUUUGCAGACGGCGGAGAAAGCGUUUGCGGUGGAGCUGCUGACGAUGCCGGCUGCCGUCAGGAAGAUGAAAAGGAAAGAGGUGCUCGAUUUGCAAGGACGGGAGGAAGUGGCUCUUGCUGCUGCAGUGACUGACUGCUCUGUAGAAGACAUGCCAAAUCCCAAACUGGUGAGGACCAACAGCAAAAAAGUUAAGGUAACUACGAUUGUUGAAUAUGAAGAUGCCAAGCACAGUUCUGCAAAGAAAAUAACUAAAAAAAUUUCCAAAACCAGGUCGCUGGUUUCACUGGCCUCUGGUAUAAGUGGCAAACUGAACUCUCUUUCUAGUGCCACAAAUCUCAAAGCCACUCCAAAGGGAGCUAAAAGUGCUGGAUUACAACAGACUGUCUCAAGAACUUUACCUGCAAGUGGAAGAGUUCAAAGCAUGUUAAAGAGAAGUAAAUCAGUACCCCAACAUAAAAGUGUUCCAUUUGUCAACAUUCCCCUGGCUGAUGGACAGACACUCUGUACAGCUGGUGGAGACCUCCGUAAUAUUGAUGUGCAGCUCCUAAAUCAGGACACAGUACAGUACAUCCAUAAGCUGGUGAGUGAGCUGACAGUACUGUGUGGAAAGGUAACACCUAAACCAAGUUAAUGGAACUGUCUUGUGACUACAGAACAUUGGUGACUGCUCUUGCCUGCUGCCUCCAAAGUGUUGAAAUCAUGUCUAUUAUGUCUUAAUAAAGCUGUAUAUUGCCUAGUAAAUGUUUAUAUAAG